AUGGAAAUGAUGCCCCGAUUGCCAAACGUGUCCAUUCGAGGAGAGUGGAGUGUGGCGCCCGCGUUGUGUCCAGAGGUGGAUCUGGAGGUGAUCGAGGAGUACCUCCAGGAGGUCCAACCUUUUGCCACAGCAGCAUCCUCCUGUGCGGCUGUGGGCCAGCAUCCACACUCCCAGCACCUGCAGGACACCAGGCUCAUUGAGUACAGUAAAAACAGCUGGUCUGGCCUGCAUGCCUAUGAGUGGUACUAUGGACCUCAAACUUCAGACGAGAAGUACCCAGAGCAAGCCUCUCUUUCGGCUUGGCACAAUGCCCAUGAGGAGGAGUGGCAUGUCUCAUAUCCCUGUGGGACACCAUAUGAAGACUCUGAUUCCCAGUCCAGCAGUUCCCAGUAUCAGGAAUACCCAGAAUUUCCAUCUCCAACUUCAGACACAGAAGAGGCAAAAAAGCUGGACCUAAAUCUCACUCCACUCACAGGAAAGAGGAAAGAGCGUUUGUUCCAAUUCCUGUUUGAGAUGCUGCAGACUCCGUCCAUGCACAGCUGCAUUUGGUGGGUUCAGUCUUCCUCGGGAACUUUCCAGUUCUCUUCCCAGAACAAGGAGCGUUUGGCGCAGCUGUGGGGCCGCAGGAAAGGCAACCGUAAAACUAUGACCUACCAGAAGAUGGCGCGCGCACUGCGGAAUUACUCCCGCACUGGAGAGAUCCAGAAGGUGAAGAGGAAACUCACGUACAGGUUUGAUGAGCGGACGCUGAGAGGACUGCAGGGGGCGCAGCAGGGCCCGGCCACAUGUGUGAGACCAUAG